GGGCAUAUCAGGUGCUAUUUCUUGCCUGACUUUGUCAAUACAUUGAUGACAGCUGUUAUAUCUGGGACAAAUUAGCUGACGCUGAUAUAUCCUCAUUGCCAAGAGGCUCUUCUUUACCAACCGUCAGGUGAAAACUAAUGUAGUCCAACGCUAGCGAGCAAGCGGGUUCAACUCUGCACCGGAAGUGGUCGUUUCACGAUUUCACGAAGAGAGCUUGCACAAAUGGGAUGUCGCUUGCUGAAUUGUGUACUAAGUGAUCAAUGAGGCCUUUGGUCUGCGAUGGCUGUCGUGUCGUGGAAGGAGAUAUUACUUUUGACUGGACUGGUGGUGGGAUGCUACUGGAACAGUCUGUCAUGUGGCUUCGUGUUUGAUGAUGUCUCAGCAAUCCUUGACAAUAAGGACCUGCGUCCCUCAACACCUCUCCGCAACCUAUUCCUAAAUGACUUCUGGGGUACGCCUAUGACUGAGGAGCGGAGCCAUAAAUCUUACAGACCCUUGACUGUACUCACCUUCCGGCUGAACUACCUCUUCAGUGAGCUGAGUGCUGCUUCCUACCAUCUGCUUAAUGUGGUGUUACACGCAGUAGUGUGUGUGCUUUUCCUGCGGGUAUGCCGUCUCUUCCUGGAUAAGACUUUCAGCUUGGUGGCAGCGCUGCUGUUUGCCGUGCACCCCAUCCACACUGAAGCCGUCACAGGUGUGGUGGGCCGAGCUGAACUCCUCUCUUCAAUCUUCCUCCUGGCUGCUUUCCUGGCUUACACUCGAUCAACAGCCCCUGACCACUCCAUUGUUUGGACCCCCAUCGCUCUCACUGUGGUUCUGGUGGCUGCAGCAACAUUAUGUAAGGAGCAGGGAAUCACUGUCAUCGGAAUCUGCUGUGUUCAUGAGGUGUUUGUUGCACAAGGGUUUACCCUGCCUAUGCUGCUGGACACACUUCUUCAAGUACUGCGGGGUAAAGACGGUUUCCCCUAUGCUGUGCUGCAAACACUACUCAAGCUCAUUGUCCUGAUCAUCAGCACCCUUCUGCUAGUCAUCGUCAGGGUCCAAGUCAUCCAAUCCCAGCUUCCUGUUUUCACGAGAUUUGAUAACCCUGCAGCAGUCAGCCCCACUCCCACACGACAACUGACCUUCAACUACCUACUUCCUGUGAAUGCAUGGCUUUUGCUGAAUCCCUCAGAGCUCUGCUGUGACUGGACGAUGGGCACCAUCCCUCUGGUGGAAUCACCCCUAGACCCCCGUAACCUGGCCACCCUAUUGUUCUACACGAUGCUGGGCCUGCUAGCUUACCACAGCCUGCGCUACAGACACAGCUCUGCCAAGAUCGUCAUCAUGGCUCUCUCUUUGAUUGUACUGCCUUUCAUUCCUGCGUCCAACCUCUUCUUCCCUGUGGGUUUUGUUGUGGCAGAAAGGGUUCUUUAUGUGCCCAGUAUGGGAUUCUGUGUGCUGGUGGCACAUGGAUUCAGGAUUGUCUCACAUAAAGGACACAUGAAAAAGAUUUCCUGGUUGAUGAUUGGAGUGCUACUUACCACACAUGCAGUGAAAACGUUUAACAGGAAUUGGGAUUGGGAGUCUGAGUACACACUGUUUACGUCUGCCCUAAAGGUCAACAAAAACAAUGCCAAGCUUUGGAAUAAUGUUGGCCAUGCUCUAGAGAACCAAAACAGCUACGAAAAAGCCCUUCGGUAUUUUCUACAAGCCACUCGAGUCCAGCCAGAUGAUAUUGGUGCUCAUAUGAAUGUGGGAAGAACCUACAAGAACUUGAACAAGUCUAAAGAGGCUGAAGAUGCAUACUUGAUUGCCAAAUCCCUCAUGCCACAGGUUAUUCCUGGUAAAAAGUAUGCCACCCGUGUUGCCCCUAAUCAUCUGAAUGUUUACAUAAACCUGGCAAAUCUGAUUCGGGCCAAUGACUCACGGCUAGAGGAGGCUGACCAGCUCUACCGACAGGCAAUCAGCAUGAGACCAGACUUCAAGCAAGCCUACAUCAGCAGAGGGGAGCUCUUGUUGAAGAUGAACAAGCCCACAGAGGCCCGGGAUGCCUACCUCCGAGCUCUGGAGUUGGACCGUACCAAUGCUGACUUAUGGUACAACUUGGCCAUCGUCAACAUAGAGAUGAAGGAGCCCUCAGAGGCCCUGAAGAACUUCAACCACGCCCUAGAGCUCAAUCCACGCCACAAGCUGGCGCUGUUCAACUCAGCCCUUCUCAUGCAGGAGUCCGGUGAGCCCAAGUUCCGCCCUGAGGCCAACCGUCGUUUCCUGAUCUAUGUGAAGGAGGAGCCCGAAGAUGCCAAUGGCUACUUCAACCUCGGCAUGCUGGCGAUGGAUGCCAAUGAGAAUGCGGCAGCCGAGCGGUGGAUGCGUAAGGCCAUCAAUCUACAGGCUGGCUUCCGCAGUGCCCUGUUCAAUCUGGCAUUGCUCUACUCCCAGUCCAGACGUGAGCUGGACGCACUUCCUGUGUUGGAUGAGUUGCUACGCCAUCAUCCGGAGCACAUCAAAGGCCUGAUUCUGAAAGGCGACAUCCUCAUGAACCACAAGAAGGAUACACAUGGAGCUAAGGACUGCUUCGAGCGAAUCUUGCGCAUGGACCCCACAAAUGUGCAAGGCAAGCACAAUUUAUGCGUGGUCUACUUUGAAGAGCGCGACCUGCCGAGGGCCGAACGCUGCCUGGAGGAAACCUUGGCCCUGGCGCCAAACGAGGAGUAUGUGCGCCGGCACUUGAGUAUUGUACGCAGCAAAAUGGCUGCCAUGAGUGCAGCAGGGCAGCCACUUAGCUCAGCAGAGAGAGCCACGGUGUCAGCGAAGGAGGAGAAGGAGAAGAGAGCAAAGGAGGGGAUGGAGGAGGUUGCUGAGGGUGAGGAGGAAGGGAUGGGUGCCGCUGCCGCUGGGAAAGGGGCCGGGAGUGGGAAGAAUGUGCGGAAAUCCUCCGCAGAAAGUCUCAGGGGCGCAGACAUGGACCAGUCAGAGCCGCUGGACAGUAGCCAGGCUGACAAGCGGACUAAGAGCAAGUCCACGAAAGAGAUUAAAGAUAUAGAGAAAAAAAGGGCAGCAGCCUUGAAAAGACUAGAGGAGAUUGAGCGCAUAUUGAGUGGUGAUUAACAUUGUUGUAAUUUAUAGCUGGACUACUUUUAUAGAGCUCUUUAAUGGUCCAAGAUAAGACUGCAUUUUCCCCAACAGAAAUGUAUAUCCUUUAAUCCAUUCUACUUUUUUUCUGAUAUAUGUUUUUAGGCCACUUUGCAUGGUCCUAAUGUUAUAACACUAAUCAUGAAGAGAGGGAGAGAUUACACAUGGAACUUGUGUAACAAUAAGCACAAGACAACAUGGGUUUCUAUUUAAAUCACAGAUGUAGAUGCCGAUGUGUUUGCUUCAUCUGAAUGUCAUUUUACAUAUCUUAGACUUACAGUAGUUGUUUUGUUUUUCCAUGUGUAGUCAUUGUUUAUCACUGGAUUUUUUUUUUUUUUGUAAGAUGUGACUCACUCCUGUGCAUAGUUAUUGUUUUUUAAAAAUGGAAUGAUUGUAUCAUGGACAAUUAAAGGAAAUGACGUUCCCCAGCUUUCCUCAAGGCAGGAUAUCUUCAUUGGUAUGCGUCUCAAAAUAACCGACCCCACAUAAGUAAAAUAGCACUACAUCCAUAUCACAAGAACGCCAGGCUUACAUUGCUUUACAGCAGUUUCUGUUUUUCUUUAUUGAUCUCAUUCAGUUUCCUGCCACUCGGUGUCCACAGUUCCCCUUACCUCUUAAUUCCAUUCUAAUCCCAUUUUUAGUCUAUUGCCUCACUCAUUUUGUCACGUUACCCCUCCUGUCUCCAUGCCCACCCUUUCAUCCACGUUAAUUAUGAAUAAUAACUAUGAAUAAUUUUUCUUGUAAAAAUCUUAUGCACACAUUGGUUGGAUCGUGCCGACUCAUUUUUGUGCACUAAUUGCUCCACUUGUCCUCGACCUCAGGUUUUGUCAUGUGUCCCUCGUUUGUUGAGGUUAAUUUCACUCCCAUCAGCAAUUUCACAGCACACUUGCAGAAAACAGUCCCCUCUUCUUCUGCUGCAGCAUGCUGACCUUGUUCUUGUUCGCUAACAUCUAUGAAAUGGAUAGCACAAACAGCACACUAAGAUAUUAUUUUCUGCCUUUUUCAGCUUUUUAAAUCUGUUCACUUGGAUUAUGAUUUCACCUGUGAUCAUUCAAGGAAAACAUGACCGAUUUCCCAAUAUUCUACUAACAUUUAAAAGUAUUUAAAUAAGUUAAAUGAGAAAAUCAUGAACAUAAUUCCCGGCUUGUCUCUCCACCCCCGUUCCCUCCUUUGUACUGUAAGCUCGCCGCCUUGAAACAGUGCCUGUGGGCCUGUCUCCUCUCCGAGACUUCUGCAUGUUAAGCUGGUUCUCAGCACUGAGAGAGCUUGCAGUUGCAAGGAGGCUUGCGGAAUAACUGGCAUACAUGUCAAUAACAAAUUAUUUAAUCAAACUGACACCUUUAUUACUUCUAAAGACUAGUUGAUAAGGAACUAUGACUCAUAAACGUGACAUUGUUUGAUAUGUGCUCAUUGCUCUGAGGCAGACCUGCACAUGGCCAUCACUCAGUGAAUUAAACCGAGCAGAAAUUUGUUUUUGUUUUGUUUUUUACUUGACAUUAUGAGCUGUCGGUGUCUGUGCAGCUCCCAUGACAGUGCAAUAAUUUGCUACAGUCCUGUGACACUCUGCUCGAUUUAUUUCUUACUAAUGGAAUCAGGAAGUGAUUGAAUUCUCUAACAGUGAGACUGUAUGUUAUGAGCACUGUUAAUAUGGUGGCGUUAAGUUGCUGGGGCAUUUCGAUGCUGUAACACCAAUACUAUGCAUUUUCCUCGUUGAGCCCUGUGAACUCUCUUGCGUUAGCUAGCGUAUAUGUGCAGAUGCUUGCGGUGUAUGUGUAUCCAGUGUUAUUUAUUUUAUUAUUUUUAUAUCGUAUGCAUAUUACAAACUGAUGUUAUUGUUUACCGCUGACAGUAUGCUUUAAAUUCAUGGUACAUUAUUUUGUCUGUACUAAUUUCAGAAUGUGCGUGUCAGUGUUCAUUUUGUAAAUCAUGUCAUUGAUGGAUAUCACCUUUAAACCAUUUUUUUUCCCAUCAAUCAUCAGACACUAAAAUAGGUACAGAUUCACAAAAGGCAGCACCCAGCUCACAUAUCCUGUUUAGCCUGAAUGAUUGUUGGAUUGAUUUUGUAUGAUUUAACAGAUUUUUUUUUUCUUAUGCAAUUGCCCUUGGUGGUGGGGGUCCAAGUUCUUAAAUAAAGUUAGGUGACAACUCUUUC